GCUUCUGAACGGUUACUGAAAUACUGAAGUCAGAGGCAGAGAGCCUAACAAAGACACGAGAUACUAUGGAAUAUUCGCGGUUCUUCAGAUCCAUUGCAUUUUUUCUGAUUGCACUUGACCAGACCUCUGGAUUCUGGUUAUUUAACGUUAUCUUCCCACCAACAGCCCAACCUCGUGUAAUAAGUAACAGCACUCCACCUCUUAUUAUUGUACCUGGAAAUUUGGGCAAUCGCCUGGAGGCCAAAAUAGACAAGCCCUCACUGGUACACUGGAUGUGUUACAAGAAGACCGAGGACUGGUUCCCCCUCUGGAUUGACCUAAACAUGUUCAUGCCUAUUGGAAUUGACUGCUGGAUUGAUAACAUAAGAAUUGUGUACAACAGGACAACUCGCAAGACAUCUAACGCACCAGGGGUGGAAGUCAGGGUGCCUGGAUUUGGACAGACACACCCUAUUGAGUUUCUUGAUUUAAAUAAGCUGACAGGUUACUUUCAUACUAUGGUGCAACAUUUGGUCAGCAUUGGAUAUGUGCGAAAUGCCACUGUCCGUGGUGCUCCGUAUGAUUGGAGAAUCGCUCCAAAUGAGCAAGAGGAGUAUUUUUCACAUUUGAAAAACUUGGUGGAAGAGAUGCAUGCCGAGUACAAGCAACCAGUCUACCUUUUGGGCCACAGCAUGGGAAACAACUACAUCCUGUACUUCCUCAACCAGCAGACCCAGGACUGGAAAGACCACUACAUCAAGGGCUUCAUCUCUCUUGGAGCACCUUGGGGUGGUGCUGUAAAGCCCCUCAGAGUCAUGGCAUCAGGUGAAAACGAUGGUAUACCCUUCCUUUCCAAUAUCAAGAUCCGCGAGGAACAACGGAUGACCACCACAAAUCCCUGGAUGAUCCCGUCUGAAGAGGCUUGGCCUAAAGAUCACACCUUCAUCUCCACCCCUUUCUAUAACUAUACCAACCAGGACUACCAACAAUUCUUCAAAGAUAUCAACUUUGAAGAUGGCUGGUACAUGUGGGAAGACACUAGAAACCUCACAGCCGGUCUUCCCACCCCUGGAGUCGAGGUCUACUGCUUCUAUGGGGUGGGACUCCCUACACCCGUGACAUACGUGUAUGACGAGCAGUUUCCAAACACUGAUCCCAUAGAUUUUAUUUACGAUGACGGUGAUGAUACCGUCGACAGUCGCAGCAUGAGUCUCUGUAAGAAGUGGAUAGGGAAACAGGAACAUCCUGUGCAUGUUACAGAGUUUAGAGGAAUGGCUCAUUUGGACAUGGUCUUUAAUCAUAAGGUGCUCACAGCAGUCCAGAGAGUUCUGGAGGGAAAGAUCCCAAUGGAUAAGGACAUCAUUGCUGAACAGCCUUAAAACUCCACCUCUCAUCUUUACAUUUUGUUACAUUUUCUAGACUGCAGCAGAUUUAUACAGAACUAUGCACAUGCACACUGGUAUCAUGUAUAAAAAUAUUAAUUAAACAACAUCAUAUACAGUGACCCCAAAAAGUAUAUAGACUCUUUAAGUCACAUAUUAAAUGUAUGAAUGUCAUUGCAUUGGAUAGAAAAAUAUCAAACCAAGUAGCAUUUAAGUUAAAGAAAGAUAUCACACUUAAAAGCAAAACUAUUCUCAAAAAGUUGAUUUGAACAACAAACAGUAAUUUUGCACAAUAAUUCAUACAUCCACUAAAAUGAACCUUGAUACCGUUUGAUUAAAAGUAAUUGCAAAAAUAGCUCAGAAAAGUUCUGAUAAAAGGUCUAGCAUCAUUUGUUUACAUAUGCCACUUUUUUUGAGUUAAUACUAGAAAAUUCAUACAUUUAAGUGCUUUUUUAGGGGCCACCGAGUUUUGUUUUGGUGCAUAUGAAUCAUUGUUUACUUUGUUACAUUAUAUAACUGUUUUUGUAUUAUACAGAAUUUAUCAAAUUAAUCUGUAUAUUAUAAAUUAAUACUACAGCUCUUCAAGUGUGAAAUAUACUAAAUGUUUCUUUUUGUGUAUGUAUAUCAUAGCAAGGCUGAAAUUUCCUGUAUUAGGUAAUGUAUUAGGUAUAAUGAACAAACAAUUAACAAUGUAUUGUUUAGUGUUUAGUGAUCUAUGUUUGUGUUAGUUAAUAAAUACAAACAUUUAUUGUUAGUUCAUAGUGCAUUAACUAAUGUUAACAAAUACAACUUUUGAUUAAAAAAGUUUAAUUCAUGAUGUUUAAAUAUUGUUUAUUGUUAGUUCAUGUUAACUAAUGUUGUUCACAAACGUUAACAAAAGAAACCUUAUUGUAAAGUGUUGAAUGUAGGCCUAUGACAUUGUGGUUUAAUGUAUACAUUUGACAUAUAACAGCUAUUACAAAAUAACUUUGAGUGGCUUAAAACUUUGGUGUAUUAAACCAACAAACAAAACCACUGCUAAAGAAAACACACAUUGAACAAAUUUGACUUUUGACUAGUUACUGAGAUAUAGCUUUUCCACAUGGGCCAACUAUAUUUCGACAUACAGCAUGACUGAGAAAUAAAUGUGACAAAGAUGGUGAAAUAUUUUUCAAUGUCAUUAAUAAU